AUGAAGAGAGCUGGGAAGUCAAAUAAUACGGACCCUCCACCCAAAACCCCUAAAACAAAUGAUACCCUGUCCGCUGAAGGUGAAAUCGUUAGUUGGCAAAAUCUACAUGCAGAUUUGCAGGAACUGUCUCACUGUGGAGAGGAACGUAAAAAUUGUACUUAUGAAUCAAGGAAACCGUCAGUUCUAGCGAUGAAAGCUUAUUGUCAACGCCUAUUCGAAAUGAAUCGUACGACACAAACUCGAAAGUUUAAUCAAACAGAGAAAGAUGACAUGACCCACUACAUUCAAUCCUCCAUGCCUUGUACAACUUCAUCGAGGAACGUGAAUAGAUCUGUUGGUUCAAUCCCAAGACGCCAAAGAAUCGCGUUAACAAGUACAGAACUAGUUCGAUUAGAACGCCAAUUGGGAAUGCACAUACAGUUGUUGACUACAAGUUUCCUGCUCACUUAUGAUUUUCCUGAUAUGCACGAAUCAACUACUCGACCAUGUGCAUCUCUUCUCAAAACUUUGGUUGCCAAGCGUCAGGCUUUUGAUUUAGUCGCGCUUCAAAAAAAGGUAUCCAGUGCAGUUCAUUCUGUAACUAGCUUCUAUUGGCGUUGUCCUACCCUAGACAUGGCUAUUGAUUUGAUUUCUGAUUACUCUGGAUUGUCUAUGCUUCCUCGUAUACGAUGGAAUGCCUGUAAGCAGAGAUUAGGACAAACGUUGACUAAAUCGCCUUCAUUUACCUUCCCGAUUCCAUACUGUUUAUUGGAUAUAAUGAUCAACAGUCCUAUUUGGUCUUAUGCUUAUUUAAUGCCUACCGUCUUGGGACCUCAUCCAAAAAGCCAUGUUCGGCUAGUAUUUCAUCCGUCAGAAGAUGCUUUGGUGAUAAUGGGACUGGCAGAUUUUUCAGGUGCUUUAAGCCGCUGUUGUAGAAUUCUUGAAUCUAAAAUGUUUAGUCAACGUCGUUUCUCAAGAGCUUUAAAGUCUCAAAAUAAACAACCAGGACGUUACAUUGCCUAUCGUUUAAUCGGUAGACAUAUACUUCCACAUCGUACAUUUUUACAGCUGCGCUCUCGUCGAAGCAAUCUGUUAGCUAAUUGUGAUAGCAUAGAUAACGCAGGAGAUUCAAAGCCAGUAUCAGUUGCCACUCGUUAUCUACUUCACCUAUAUAAGGAACUAAGUCAACCGGGUGAAGUAGAUCUUGAAAGGAUCCAACAAUAUGCUAAUGAAAUGAGUUCUCUUGCUAUUCCUUAUGGUAUACCACUGAUUACCUCAUGUUUAAUUGAUAGGAAUCCUAAGGAACUGUUUACUUUCGAAGGACUUCCCACUGAAGUAGGUUAUGAGGAUGUAUUAGGUUAUAAUAACUUCGACGAAAGCGUAAAACGCAAGUUAGAUGUACUAACUGAAUUCACGCAAAAUGCAAACUGUUUUUGGAAAUCGCAGACAGAAAAAGCAUCUCGAACUAAAGAAACAGAAACAAACUGCUUGUCAGUUUUAGACGACGAAUCCAUAAUCAAAUUAGAACAACCUAUCCAAUGUGAUGUUCUCGGUCCAGAUUACCAACCUGCUAUACCAGUUGAUCCUAAUCCUGAUGGAAUUGGUGAGUCUGGUUUAGCUGGAGUUACCGAGGUCGCAAAUGAACGCGGAUCAAUUUCCAAUGUAAACUCGACGAACUUACCAAGCUCAGAAACACAACAUGAUCAUGUUUGUCAGCGUGUUACACCACGUCAUAUUGAAUUCAUCUUAGCCCGUAUUAACAAACGAAAGUUAAACAGUUAUGCAAAUAAAAAUGAAGCGCGGAGCGUUGCGGAUUACGAUAUUUCGAAUGGUAUUGUGACGCCUGAUGGGGAUUUUAUUCAAGACGAACAACAAUUUAAUGAAAUUCCAAAUGUUUUUGAAUCGUAUUACAAUAAUACUGGCAAUGUAGCGUUAGAUGCUUGUCAGAAGAUAGCUGAUUCUUUAGUGAACACCUUUCAUCUCGGUUUUGAUAGGUUUUUCAGAGAUUAUGGAGACCACAUUCCGAAGUCACCGUGCAUCUUUAAUACUGGUAAUUCUACUUCGUAUGUGAGCCCUGGCUGGCCCAGUCAUGUUCAGCCUGUUUCAGACUUUCCAGUUUUUAUUAGUGAUGAGUGUCAGAGCCAACCAGCUGGUGUUUUUCCCAGUGCUUGCUUUGUGUCUUCCAGUGAUUUUAUUGCACGUUGUCGUGCACGUGGUGAUGCCACUUCAGCUGACCUUCUAACCUUACCAUCUUCGGUUAUGGGUCAAUCACAAACGCUGAUGGAUGAAAUGGAUGUAAAGCGAGCGCGUUCCUUGUUAGGUCGAUGUCGAAGGUAUUUAACUCCCACUAAUUACCGGCGUUUGAUGCGCACCUUGAUGAAUGUUUAUCAAGCUGUUCAUAAUCCCACAUCAGCGGGUAGUAAUAAGGAUCAGCAGUCGAGCAGAAAUGCAGUCCUGGUAUCUCUUGCACGUGUAUUGAAUUGUUUGAAAAACCAUGUGCAGUUGUGGGAGGAUUUCGUCUGCUUUCUGACUCCAUCACAAGCCCGUAGUUUGGGUCUACUGUCGACCUACUUAAAUUUAGCACGCAUUGUUAGAGUUCAAAGGGUUAUGCAAGAUAUUGUUCCUGGAGAUAGGAGGUUUUGGAGACGCUUGCGCAACUUGGCAGACAGUUGCAGUAAGAAAGCACGUUAUAUGCCAGUUAAAAAGAAGGUAUAUGUCGGUUCAUAUUAUGGGCCGGCUGAAUCUUCGAACACAUCCGAAAGUCCCAGCAGUUUCAGUGAAAAGGUAUCUGAGAGAAUCCAGACCACCCACAAACCGUCUAUGACAGAACAAUCUCCUGCGGUGAACAACAAUCAGCCGAAGUCUGCACGUUUGAGAAGUGUGCGGUUGAAAGGUGAAGAUAUGCAUGUUUCGUUUGCCAAAGCGUGGGCAAUUCUUGAGAGCAGCUGGCGCAGUCGUCCUGUCCUUCUGUCUUGCAUCGCUAGUCUGAUUAACACCAGACACAAACCUUUUUCUGGUUUUGAACAGAGCUUCGAAGAGACAGACGUACUUGCUAGAAAUCCUGUUGGGAUUCCGAAUGCUUCUGAUGAAUCAAAUCAAAGUGCAAGUAUUUGUAAUGUGGAUCAUCAUCAACUAGAAGCCGAUACCAACGAUCCUGUGAAUAUACUGUCUCCUGACGUACAGUCUUUAUUUUCUGAUGGAUGGGAAAUAUGCACAGAUCUUUCUUCAGCUGCCUGCAACCACAAUAACCCGCUAGGAACAGCUUGGGUACGUAGGCAAUGUCCUUGUCUAUGUCAUUCAAAUGUCUCACCUAAUAAGACCGCAAGUAUGACGAACCAGUCCGGAAAACCUGCAAAAGUGUAUAGUCUGGGUUUGAGACAUUGUAUUUCUUGUAGUCUAAGGGUGCACCGUGGGACACUUUAUGUUGAUGAAUGUAAUCUCCACCUACGUCAUGUGCAGAUAACUUGGCCACUUGGUUUUAAGCCCAAAACUCGUUUACCUACAGGUAUUCCAUCAAGUGAUGAUCUUUCGACUCAAAACCAUCGUUUGGCAACAAUGCAACAUGCAAGUAUAUCCAAGCGUGUUGCUGCAAAUAAAUUAUCGAAUCACUGCACUCGACUACCAGAUAUGGCUGGUAGGCGUGUUUCAGUAGAAUAUGUUAGUGCAUUUAAAUCGACAAAAUCAAUAAAUCAUGAAAUCAUCCCUUCAAAUAAUACUCUAGAAACAUUCGAAAUCCACUCACCGUGCGAUCUGACAGAUUUGGACUCAAGAUCAUUUGCUGAACAUAACGGAAGUGAAUCAAUUUCACAGGAUGUACCCUCAAAAUUCGGUUAUUUAGAAAACCCAGUUGGCUGGACAAUGGAUGACAAGGCUGCUCGCUUACGCACAGAGGCUUUUGCCUCUGUAUCAGAUGAGAACCAUGAAUGUGAAUUCCGUGUAUUUAGUAACAGUGAUACGGAUGACUGA